AUGCAACUCGCAUCCCAUCUUUACCUUGUGUCGUGUGUGUUACUACUGGUCGUGAUCGCCGAGUCUGUAACGCUUGAGGACCAUCUCAAUAUAACUUUGGCCAGUGUUGAAAAAUGUAAUAAGGAACUCAAUGUGACAGCCACCGUCUUUGUUAAAAACGACAGACAAGUGUUGAUACAGUUGCCGGCUGAAAACAACAGCUCUAUAUCCAGUGAUGAGACUGAGGAGCGGUACAUUGAGUGCUUACAGAACAUCAGUGAAUUGACAACAUUCACGAUUUUCGAAGACAGUCCGGAAGUUUUCUCGGAAUCACACGAAUGCCAAUUGAGUGAUGCCACAACUUGGCUCGAAAGAAAUGGUAUAGAUGAUCCAGUGGUGGCACUGCCUUUAGAUGAUAUGAAAGUCCUCAUUGUGGUACGCUUUACAGAUUCUGUAUCUGGAGAGCUGAUGCCAGACUUGGAACUCCCCUUUACCAUAAAUUUCGAUAGAGACGAUGUGAACACCCUAGUGUCAAGCAUGUGGCUCAAGGAGCAGAUAAGGACACAACGAGAGGGAACAGAAAGAAGAAGAAUACGACUUAUCUACAACGGCAGAGUGUUGAACGAACUCACAAACUUCAGAGACGACAUUUUCGUGCCCAAGUUGCGUCUGAUGGAGGUAGACGAACAGCUCAAGAUCUACAUCCACUGUUUAGUGGGAGAGACCCUCACGGGAAGCCAGCUCAGCGAGGAGCGAGAGCUUGAUAGAAGACCUCAACAAGUCUCUACUGCUCCACAGGUUGUUGGUUUUGACCGCUUGCUUCAACAGGGCUUCAGCCAGGAAGACGUGAAUGACCUCAGGCGGCAGUUCAGAGAUGUUUAUUUACCCGACGCUCUCCAAAACUUGAAUGCUGGAGACGUGACAGAUAUAGAAGAGGAGGAGGCUCGCCAGCAGCUCAUACGCCAGCUUGAAGAGCGUUGGAUCGAGUCCACGAUAAACGGGAACACCGCCAAUACCACAGUUAGCGCAGGCGCUGACGACGAUACCGGUGUGAUAGCGCCGACCGUGAGGGCCUCAGCGGAGCUAGAGGAGUCCAACAGGAACGAGGAUAUCGUUGUGGGCAUGUUGAUCGGAGCCUUUUUGGGUGUGGUUGCCUUGGUGUUCGAGGUGUUAGACGACAGCUACAUGAGCAAGGACCGCCGGUGGGCCGUCUUCGCAGGCGUGAUGAUGAACGUGAUGUACGCCAUUCUACGGGGGCAGUGGUUGUGA